AUGGGUUGCGCUGGUAGCAGAUCUGAGCUCUCUCCAGAAGAAAGAUGCAUUGUGAAUGCGGAAAAUAUUCUUCAAUACAACCAAUGCAACAGUCAUAUGGUCGACUAUUGUCACAGGAAAUAUUCAUCAAACAAUGAGAUUAAUCCAGAACAAUGGAGAGACAUCGUUUUGACCCUAAAUCUUAAAGCAGAUAACACCGCUCAGAACAAAAAGAUAGUAGACUUCUUCAACCUUUUCAAGGGUCCAGAAGGCAAGUUUCACCUUCGUCAUUUAUUAGUGCUCGGUAUUAUGCUUACUCUUCCCUCCGCAAGCAAAAAAAUGAUUGUUUUUGAGAUUAAAAUUUUUCUUCUUAAAAUAUUUAAUAUAUAAGUGAUAAUUAUUAUAAUGGAAUCCCGUUAAUUUUUAAAUGCUUCCAUUCUAAAGCAUAAUUUUACAAAUUUAAAUACAAUUUUACUUUUGAAUUUUGCGAAUUUUCGAAAACAAAAAUUCCACAUGCUCACCGAAGGGUGGUUAGCAAUUCUGAAUCAAAAGAAAAAGCCCGACUUUUGUUUGAAACCCGUGACAACAAUGACUCGAAAGCGAUCUCAAAAACUGAACUGUUUGGCUUAGUUGAAGAUAUGAUUGAAAUUUCAGUUAGCAGACUUCCUCGCUUAUUCGUCCAAACACCGAAUUUCCAAAUGACAGAAGAAGAUAUGAGGAAAUACGUUUUAAGUUUAACUCAGCUCAAAGACAAAGCAAAAUCACCAAUGGCAAACAGAUUCAUUGGACUAACAAAAGCUUCUGAAGAAACCGUAUCAUUAGCUAACUUUUUAAAGACAGUCGAAGAUGUGGAAACUGCAAAACUUUUAACUCCAACUGGAAUUAGAACUUUUGUUUCUAAACAAAAGCCAUCAGCAGCUACCAGCUCCAAAUUCGCUGGACUUUUAGGUCAAAAGAAAGCUGAGCCGGCAAAAGAAGAAAGCAAAUCGCCUAGCAAAGACAGUGGAGAAGCUCAAGCUAAGAAAGCUGAAGAACACCAUCAUCAUGAAAAGAAACAUAAGAAGUCUUCAUCUUCUAGUUCUUCUGACGAAGAAAAGAAAAAAAAGAAGCAGGAGACCCAAGCAUAA